GGUUUCUAGGACUAUUAAAACAUCUAACACAUGGUUCUAAAACUACUCUGAUACAUUUGUUCGACUUCUUCUCGUUUCUUAGUAAUGUUAAAAAUAUAACUUGAAACAUAUUUAUAUAAUGUAGUGCGAUCAAAGCACAUUAGUAAAAUGAAUUUGUCAGCACUAAACGCACGUUCUUUCUCUAGGUAAGAGCCAAGUAACAUGUGUCCGCGUGUGACCGUCGUUGGAUAGGAUCGCAAACUGGUUGCAUUCUAGGGAUGGACGCGCAUAUGGUGUGCAAGAUUCAGCUUUUUUGUUAUGGCCAAUGGCUGUCUUAAAUCGUUGUCGGUGGUUGUUUCGUCACAGUCUGCUUGAAAAUCCUAGUAGACGAAAUCAAAAUUGUACGACGACCUAUAGCAAAUACCACUGCAAUUGUCACUUGUAUAAAAUCAUGUAGCUUCCGCGUCUUGGUUACCUUAGCAAUGAAAUUCCUGUUACAAAUUACAGUUUAGCCUAGUUAACAGUGAGAAGACAUGUGUGUCCCCAACGUCAAAUUUUGUAGUACCUUUAAUUUACAUUUUUCACUAACAUUUUAGCCUUUGAAAAUAACGCCGACAAUGUUGGGAUGGAAAAUUAUAUUAUAAACGUAGGAAUGUUCGCGUUUCAGAGGAGCGGAACAAACCAACAAUGCGAUUUUUAAUCCAAACAUCUGCUUGGGAAUUUUAGGGAUUUGGUUUCUAUUGACAACUUGAGCUCGGAAGUUGAGCUAUAUUACGUCUUUCCUGCACCUGGCUAAAACUGAGAUUAUGACAAGUAACGAAUCAACACGCAAACUUUGAAUAGACAUUUGCUGCAUUCAAAACUUGAUAUCAUUCAAGGGUUGGGCAUUGCAGGCGACGGUCUACGUAAACAACUUGAUAUCUUAGCUUGGGCAUCAUAAGUUCUAGUUCGAUCUGGUCCAUAAUCUGCAACCUUCUUGGUAAGAAUAUCACGCAGACGGAGGAGGCACAAAGUCUGGCUGGACUACGUGUGCGAUGGCAGCAACCUCUCUUGAAUGUGUCCAGUGAGGGGCUGUUGACAAUGUGGGCGGAGAGGCUGUUCUUUCGGGAACAAGUGACGUCGUUCUACGUAAACAAGGUCUUUUGAUUUUGCUUCGGGGACAUCCAAACGGUAUUCGGUGAGAUGCGAUUUUGGUUUUUAGCAAAUUGAGCGGCGAUUAAGCCAUUUCGUGUAGUUUAUUGAUACGUUAAGUGACAGAUCGUCAUUGCCUUCAUUACGAUUGAAACAGUGAAUCGCUGGAUGAUGUCGAGACGACUGAACGUUAAGACGGCUCUGACGCUUGUCAUUUUAGCUAGCUACGGCUUUAGUACGAUUUCAGCACCUCAACACGAUCUAAACUUUACAACAGGACGCAGCAACAGUACGGACGGUGUAAAAACUUUGGAGGAUAUAUCAAAGAACUGCAGUUCACUUGGCGCUAACAAUAUUUCUCAUGUAGAAGAAAACGCCAAUUCAACCAUACUAGGAUGUUUUGAAGAUAAGAUUGAAAAAGUAUCUUCCCAUUUGAUUGAAAAAUUCCUCUACCAUUUGGGGAGUGACAAUCGGUACCUCUGGAUGUUUCACAUUUGCAGCGGUUUGUCUUUGUGGUCUGUCGUGGCGAACAGCCUACCCUUAGCGGCCAUCAUCAAGUACGAGGCGCUGCACAAGCCGGUCUACAUCCUGAUGGCCAACAUGGCGGCAAGCGACAUCGUGGCUGGGAUUAGCUCCCUCUGCUCGUGUAUCACCGCCUACGUUUACGCGGGAUCUCGAAACCCUCCUCCCACGGCUUUGCACCGUUUCCUCGCCACAUCUUUCCUCCUUUCCGCGCUGUCCUCGGCAUAUAGUCUGCUGGCGCUAACGGCCGAGCGCUACUGGUUCAUCGUCCACGGUAUGACUUACGAGAACAGGGUCACCAACGAUAGAUGUAAGGUCGUCAUCAUCGUGGUCUGGAUGUGGAGUAGUAUCCUGGCACUACUGCCGGUGUUUGGCUGGAGCUGUGCGUUCCCGUCCCAGGUAGGGUGUUCCCAGGCUGGCGGAGGCACCCCACAAAGCUACAUGGUCCUCAUCCUGAUUCUCGUCUUCAUCCCGAUGGCGGCGAUCAUGUUCUUCAACCUGGGCGUGUUCCGCUGCCUGUGGCGACAGGUUAGCGACAUCAGGCGGCAGGAAGCCGCGGUGCAGGUCCAGCCUACCACCAGCAGAAAAUCAGCCAUCACCGUGCUCAUCAUCACCGUCGUGUUUCUAGUGGGGUGGUUGCCUUGGUGCGCGGUAGUGGCCAACGAGGUGACCUGCAGAGAAGAUUGUAGUACCAAGAUUCCAGCGACGCUAGGAUUUAUUCUCCUGAACUCCGCGGUUAACCCCAUCAUCUACGGCUUCCGGCUGGAGGAAGUUCGCCGCAAUGUCAAACGCCUGUUCGUCGGCCGUGACGCGAACGCAUGGAGCCAUUAGAAAACAGUGUAACAACCAGCACUAGUACAUGUUUUACGUGACGAUUGGAACUUUC